CAUGUAUUUCCCUUGAUCCUUCGAAUCUGAAAACCAAGAAGAGAGAUAAGGAACUGUAUUGUCCCUCACGCAAAACAAAUCAAGACCUGCCUUGAGAGCAAGAAAGAUCGAAUCAUACCUAAAUCACAAUGGCCACUGAAGAUGAUAACUUCGACAUUGACAUUUAUGGCGACGGUGGGAGUUACAAUGCUAACGACCAGGGCGAUGAGAUCAAGCACGAAGACACAGAACUCAUUCUAGACGCGUCGGACCCCACACAGAACGCCAACGUUGCUCAAGGGGAUGGCUCCUCGGAGGGAACUCUGAAGCAGGAAAGUGAAGGGGCUGCGCCCAGCAGCACCGCGAGCGUAGCACACGGAGACAAUGUCCCCCAACAGGCCCAUGCUCCGGCUCCGCAUCAAGGUGUGAAGCGCAAGGAACACGAUGAUCGUCCGACCGAUCCCGAUGCGACACCAGCCCUUCUCAUCUCGGAUUUGUACUGGUGGACUACGGAUGAUGAUAUCCGCGGUUGGGUGGCCCAAGCUGGCAGCGAGGAUGAGCUGAAGGACGUGACCUUCAGUGAGCACAAGGUGAACGGUAAAAGCAAAGGACAAGCAUUCGUUGAGUUCACUACCCUUCAGGCUGCCACUGCUGUGAAACACAAAAUCGAGUCCUUUGCCACAGCCGGGCAGGCCGGGCGCAAGCACAUGGUCGUCUAUACCAGUCCCCAGCCCAAUCCCUUCCGCACCCUGCCCAAGGAUGCCCCCAUGCGCAAGGAUAACCAGCAGCGAACGAUGUCCGGCGGAUUUACUUCGUCCAAUCAGAACAUGAACUACGGGAUGAACAACAUGGGAGGAGGUUUUCGCGGUGGUCGGGGCGGGUUCAACAACCGGGGAGGCAUGAACAACAUGAACAGCUUUGGUGGGAACCGCAACUUCCAGGCUCCCAUGGGUGGCUUUCAGCAGCCGAUGGUCGGCGGCUUCCAGGGUAACCCGAUGGGGAUGCAGAACUUUGGGUUCAACAACCGCGGUGGCAUGAUGGGCGGUGCCAUGCGUGGCGGACCUGGUGGCAUGCGCGGCCGGGGCGGCGGCAUGGCAGGCGCCAACAUGAUGGGGAUGCCGACCAUGAAUCCAAUGGGUGCGAUGGGGAUGAACCCCAUGGCGGGAGGCAUGAACCCGAUGAUGGGCGGAAUGGGUGGAAACAUGGGCAUGCAAGGACAAGGCGGGUUCCAAGGCCCCAAUCCAGCGUUCAAUCAGGGCUUCUUCCCCAACGCCCAGGGCGGCGAGGGGUCCUGGAAUCCUCACGGCGCCAAGCGCAGUCGACAAGAGUGAUGUCUCUCGCUCCUGUUCCCUAACAAGGGUUUCUUCUUUUCCAUGGUUCUUCAUAUCCGU